GCUUUGAGUUGUCAGAUAUAGUACGUGGACCUCUCUCUCUCUCUCUCUCUCUCUGAGACUGGUCUCUCUGGUUUUUCAAAAUUGGAAAUGGACGAUUGUAUAACACUCCACUCUUGGUUCAAUCUUUAGCCAUAAACUCAGCGUACGCAUCGCUCUUCCCAACAUCUCAUCUUCCCCUUCCUUUCCAGUCAUCCAUAAUAAUACUCAAAAGUCCAAAAAAAAAUUGAAAAAAAUAAAGAGAGAAACAUUCGCCUAACCCCACAAUCACAUCCCCACCACUCUCCUCACAAUCAAACCGAAAACCAGAAAGCAAAAAUCCAAAUAAGAACAGAGGAAACGAAACUGCGUGUUCUUCUUCUUGUUCUUGUCGCCGUUUUUGUUGUUGCUAUGAUUGGUAUUGUGUUCCUUAUGUAAUGCAUCAUAAGAAAUCAGAAGCUCAGAUCGGAAAAGAAAGCAUUGGCGUCUCUUCCGAUUUCAAUCCAAUCUCAGGCGCAGCACCACCACCGCCACCUUCUUUCUCUUCUUCAAUUUCGCACCAAUUCAACCACAUCUCUCAGUUUCCUCACUACCCAUCUCAACAUUUGCCCCAAAAUGACCCUCCAAUCCCUCAAACCACACCUUACAAGCGACCCCUUUUGACCCAAACCCACUCCUCUCUCUCCAAAUCCCCAACCCUUUACAAAUUCCCACCGCCCCCGAAGAACCCACCUCUCUUUUCCCCUUCUCUUGCCGCCAAAACCGCCUUUUUUCGCCUCAUCCGCCGCGUCAACCGCCUCCGCCGCCUUCUCCUAUUGCUCUGUCUGCCCUUCUUUUACUUCUUGGUCUCUCACCCAAGCCACUCUUUCUUUCUUGACUUUCUCUCCGCUUUUGCUUUCUCUUCUGCAUUGCUGUUCUCGCUCAAUCUCGCCCUCCCUCGCCUCCCAUCAAUACGGCUUUUCCUAGCCAGGUCUUUCCCAAUCAAGCUCAAGACCUCGUCUUCCUUGUCUAGACCGCCUUUGCCGGUGUUUUGGUCAAUUGGGUCUCGCCCAAAAGCCGAGAACAGAGGAAAUUCAGGGUGUUGGGUUCAGGUUUAUGGCAACGGAGACGUGUAUGAGGGUGAGUUUCACAAGGGACAGUGUUCAGGAAGUGGGGUGUAUUACUAUUACAUGAGUGGGAGGUAUGAGGGAGACUGGGUUGAUGGGAAAUAUGAUGGUUAUGGUGUAGAGACAUGGGCAAGAGGAAGCCGGUACCGCGGGCAAUAUAGGCAGGGUCUUAGAUAUGGUUUUGGAGUGUAUAGGUUUUACACUGGUGAUGUUUAUGCUGGGGAAUGGUCUAAUGGGCAGACUCAUGGGUGUGGAAUUCAUACCUGUGAGGAUGGGAGUAGAUAUGUUGGGGAAUUCAAGUGGGGCGUCAAGCAUGGCCUUGGUCACUACCAUUUCAGAAAUGGGGAUACAUAUGCUGGAGAAUAUUUUGCGGAUAAAAUGCAUGGGUUUGGAGUCUAUCGAUUUGCAAAUGGACAUAGGUACGAGGGAGCCUGGCAUGAGGGUAGAAGGCAAGGGCUUGGUAUGUACACAUUCAGAACUGGGGAAACUCAGGCUGGUCACUGGCAAAAUGGAGUCCUUGAUGUUCCAAGCACACAAAAUGCAACUUAUCCUGUAUCCCCGGUUGCUGUUAAUCAUUCCAAAGUACUCAAUGCGGUACAGGAAGCACGAAUAGUGGCAGAGAAAGCCUAUGAUGUCGCCAAGGUGGAUGAAAGAGUGAACAGGGCUGUAACAGCAGCUAAUAGGGCAGCAAAUGCAGCUAGAGUAGCAGCAGUGAAAGCUGUCCAGAAACAAAUGCAGCACAAUAGUAGCAGUGACAGCAUACCAAUUCCAAUUUUAUGAAAACCCUGAUGAGGACUCAGUGCAAGUUUGUGAGGUGUGAGAACAAGAGGAAGCUUUUAUGGUUUCCCUUCUGAUGUAGCUUCAAGUUUUAGGUUCGCAUCUUCGGCAUCUUGCCUGGAGAGGAUGGUGCGUAUUUGAACUCAUACGUGGGGAGUGUCAAAGUUUACAUCUAUAUAUUUUGUUUCUUAGAUUGUGUAUACAUAUAGGGAGGGAGAAGGAGAGAGGGAGAAAGAAGAGGGAAUGCUGGUCGGCAUCCGGAUGCUUUACUAAUUUUCGCUUUGCAAUCCUAGUGCGUCUUGUGUAUAGAUGAGGUAGAUGUAAUAUGUAAGUGCUGGAGCCCAGGUAAAACCUUGACCCAGCCGCUGUUGUAUGUGAAUUGUUAGUAAUUUUAACAAGGUGAGAAAAUUUUCAGUAACCA